CUGUAGCGUGAUCUUAAUGAAGCUUAUAUUGACUCCGCUUUCAUAUUAAGAAAUAAUGUAUUUUUCUCCGUUAUAAUCAGGUAUUUGGCAAUGUAUGUCUAACUUUCACCGAAAAUCUACAUGUACUGAUGAGGUUAGAAACGUUGCACAACCAAAAUGGCGGAACAUGUGGCUCCAUCGCUGGCUGACAGUUUGAAAGAAUUCGCCCAAAAGAUCACAUCACCCAGUGUGAAAGAGCGACAGCAGAUAAUCCAACAACUCACGCGAUGUGUUGGGAAAUCAGAUUUACCAGAAAAGACUAUUCAAGGAAUAGUCAAGUAUUUGUUGCUAACCCCUGGACGUUACCACGACAACCGUUCACGACACUAUGUACUGGAAUUGACACAAACGUUGUCGACAGCUUAUCCCCAACAGACACUUAAGUCCUUAGUUACAGUGGUAACACCAUGGGCAGAGCUGCAAAGCAGGUUGAUUCCUUUCCGAGGAUCUUCUGGUGCAGCUCUGUAUGUGCUUACCUGGACCUGUCUGGCCAGUCAGAAGGCUCUGAAACAAGGGGAUUGUCCAGCAGGAAUUCUCAAACAGCUGAUAAACCUUCAGUGUUUGUUGGUGGGAGCUGCGCUUGCGGCUCAGAUCCCUGUCAUCAUGGCAUCUGCGUAUAGGAAAAUGGCUGUCCUGUGGAAGAAUGCCCCCGGCUGUGUGAAGGAGUAUAGUGAUGUGAUAACAUCAGGGGAUUCCCCACCGCACCACCUCUGUAUGAUCAGCCUUCUGCUGAAGUUCCUAUCCUCCAAUAAGAGGAAUGAUGAGAUACAGAGUAUGAAGGGAAAGUGUUUAGAUUUGUACCUUAAGCAAGUGAUUGGGGCCAGAGCAGCUACACAACCCCACAUCCUGGAGAGUUCCAAGGAUCUUUUGAAGCAUGUGUCCCAUCAGGAGUUCAAAGAGAAAAUUUUACCUGCCGCUCAGAAAGCCAUGCUGCGGAACCCCGAGAUUAUUCUCACAGCUAUUACAGCCUUGGUUGCUGGGGUUACCAUUGAUCUUAGCCAAUAUGCUCUGGACAUUGGAAAGUUUCUUGCAACCCAGUUGUCUUCUAAAAACGAAGGAACAAGAACAGAAGCAGGAAGAGCCAUUAAACACCUCGCAAGGCAAUGCAGUGACCCAGAUGCUUUGGAGAAAGUCACCGAACAUCUUUUUAAAGUUCUGAAUGGUUCAGAAGGAAAGCUGACACUAGCAGACCAAAAAAUCAGCGUCAUUCAGGGAGUAGGGAACCUCAGUUAUCACACUGUCAGUGGGGCCUCCCCGGUUCAGAACCUCAGCUCAUCUGUGGUGGAGCUAUUCUUACCAGUAUUACAGCAGGAAGUCCAGGAACAGAUCCUCGUGCACACGCUGUCCAUGAUGUCCCUGUGGUGUGCCAAGUUUCAUGCGGCACUCCCAGACAAACUGACCGAGUGGUUUAAGAAGGCUAUGACUCUGAAGACUUCGACGUCAGCAGUUAGGAAUGCUUACAUCCAGUGCAUGGGCACUACAUUCCAUGGUGACACCCUGUCCCUGGGGAUCCCCCUUAUCCCUGUGCUGUUACAGACCUUGGAGAAGGCUAGUAACCAGCCCAGCCAGCCCCAGCUGGUCACCGAGGCUCUGUCGGCCAUGUGCCUGCUCAUCAGAAUGGCAAAUGUGGACAUCGCAGCAGAAUCUAAACUGGGACCAUUCUGGAAUAUCGUGUUGGAUGCAGACAAACAACUGGUGGUGAACGAGAGGUUUCUCACAAAUGCCUCAGACGAAGCUUUACAGAGUGUUGUCAGUCUGUCUGAGAGGUUAAUAUUGGAUCAUCCUCACAGGUUAACAGACAAGACUUCAAAGAUGUUUUACAAGGCCUUGGUGUUCUGCCUGACACGACAGAGCUGGGCGGUGCGGCGACAGGCUGCCGGGUGUUGUCACAGGGCGACCUCGCUGCUCGGGGGAUCCAGAAUUGCCCUCGCAUUUCUUAGAGAAUUCCGCGACCAGUUUGCUAGCCAAAAGUUCAUAGACCCCGAACUGCUGGGGUCACCUAACGACGGCUCGGGAGACACUGCUGUGGACCCCAAUGCCCGCUACGUGAAACCCUGGAUUUUGUCACAGGCUCUGAACACGAUCUGCUCUGUGAAGAAGGCGGACCCUAAAGAUGCUGCUAUUAUCGCACAGGAGUCCCUAGUCAUUGCACACCAUCCCUGUAUUGUUCAUGCAAACCGUGACGCUUGGGUGGACAUUGUCGCUGGUCUUGGACUGGGAAUUGGUCACUUUCUGUCUGACAACGGAGAGAAGUGCCUGCAGAUCAUUCUUAAUGAAACAUUGUUAACGCCAGACCAUCUGUUAGCGUUAGGAACCCUUGUGCGGGUUGCAGAAGAUCAUGUGAUCAUGCCGCUGAUCAGACACGUGCAGCGCUCGCUGCGCAACCCCGCGCUGACUCAGGUAACCCAGCAGGAGUACCAGAUCUUCCUAACACCUGAGGGAGAGCUCUAUGACAAGUCCAUUAUUGACAGUGCUGCCAAGACAGUUGUACAGGACGCAAAUGUGAAGAGAGAGAGCAAGCUGUACUCCUACGAGGACCAGAUGGCGGAGCUAGAGCUGAAGAAGGAGCUAGAAAAGAAGAAGAAAACAAAAGUGGAUGACAAACCAAAGUUAACCAAAAAACAGGAGGAGAAUGUUCAGGCACAGCUUCAGAAAGAGGCUGGUAUCCGUGGCAACCUGCAGGAGCUUGAAAAAGAACUCAACAAGAGCUGCAGUAUGAUACGUGCUGCCGUCAGAGGCAAUAGUUCAGGAAUGGGCCACCAGAUGGCGCCACUUUGCCGACUCCUUGUGCCUCUAUUACAAUCGCCCUUAGCAGCACCUCAAGCCAGCAGAACACUUGUCAAGCUUGGGGAGGUAUCCUUUGAGGAUUUUGGUCAAGCUCUGCUUGGUAAGACUAGUCAGGUGGUCAGCAACACGACAGUACGUGUGCUAAAACCCUGCUGUGAGCUGGACAAGCGAUGGACAGAAGAACCUCUCAUACCCCAGGUGUCCAGAGUGAUAAGAGAGCUAGAGAAACUCUCUUUACCUGCCAAUGUCCAGAACAAAAACAACGAUGAUGAUGAUGAUGACUCAGCAGAUUCUGACGUGGCUGGAGUUCGCCUCCCUGCCAGUACAUUUGCAUUUGUCUUCUAUCUGCUGAACUGCGUGCUGUCAAAUGCAGGUCGCCUGGUCAAUGGAGAUGAAGGGCUGAGAAAAUCAGCCCUGGCAUUGAUUUUGGAGCAUGCUCAGAUGAGACGUACGACUGCGGAAGGUGAAGGAAAGUGUCAGAGUGAUCCAGGACUUUUGCCAAGAAAAGAGAUGCUACAUCUCCUGUGUCAAGUUAUUGGCACAUCCGGAGGAAGAAUCCAGCAGCUCGCUGCCUCAGCACUGUUCGAGGUCGCGAAAUGUGCCAACAAAGACAAGGGCUGCACCACAGCAGAACAAGAUGAAAUUGACACCCUUCUUGAUGCACUCUUCUCGCCCUGUGUGGCAGUCAGGGAAACUGUCCUACAGGCCUUGCUGUGUUUGGUUCCCGCCCUACCCACACUGACCAGUGACAAGGAGAAUUGUCUAGUGCUAAUGCGACGUGUGUGGGUGAGUCGGCAUGACAACGAAGACGACGUCCGUAAGUUGGCUCUCCAGUUGUCUGAUAAGCUGGGGUGGGAGGAGCCUCAACCUGAGCUAUGUACCGCCCUGAUUGAUGAUGUCAUCCACGAUGAGGUCUGUGUCAGGCAAGCUGCAGCAGACAUGUUGGCAGAGGCUACUGGGAAGUAUCCUCAGUACAUUCCUGAUGUCCUUGAACUUCUGAUCCAGAAAUACGACGAGAAAUUAUAUAUGCCUCCCCCUGUCCUGGACCAGUUUGGGCGUCUGAUCGCGGAACAGCCACCAGACAUGUGGCCGGCUCGGAGCGGCGUGGCCCUAGCCCUGGGCAAACUCUCCCCCAACUUACGCCAGGAAGACAUCAAAGAUCUGGUGGGAUUCUUUGUGCCCAAGGGUCUGGCAGACAGGAACGAAGAGGUCCGCACACACAUGCGGAACGCAGCCUUGGCUGUUGUCAAUGAUCAUGGCAAGGAUAAUGUUGCUCUUCUGCUGCCCAUUUUUGAGGAACUGCUUGGCAGCGCCCAGGACUCCGCCAGUAUGGAUGCUGUGCGACAGAGCGUCGUUAUCCUGCUGGGCUCCCUGGCCAAGCAUCUUGAGAAAGACAACCCGAAGAUUAAACCCAUCGUGGCUAAGCUUAUAGGGGCUCUUUCCACACCUUCACAGCAGGUGCAGGAAGCAGUUGCUAACUGCUUACCUCCACUGGUGCCCUCCAUCAAAGAGGAUGCACCGCAGCUGGUGCAGAAACUGUUGCAACUGCUACUUGAGUCUGAUAACUAUGGAGAGAGGAAGGGUGCAGCAUAUGGUCUGGCGGGGCUCGUGAAGGGACUGGGGAUUUUAGCCCUCAAACAACUCAGUAUUAUGGAGACAUUGACAGAGGCUGUUCAAGACAAGAAAAACCCAAGGCAUAGGGAAGGUGCUCUGUUUGCCUUUGAGAUGCUGUGCACGAUGUUAGGGAAACUGUUUGAGCCGUAUGUCGUUCACAUUGUCAGACAUCUGCUGCUGUGUUUUGGGGACGGGAACCAGUAUGUCCGUGAGGCUGCUGAUGAUACAGCUCGUGCUGUGAUGAGUAAACUGUCUGCUCAUGGAGUGAAGUUGGUCCUACCCUCCCUACUUAAGGGCCUGGAAGAAGACGCCUGGAGAACUAAGUCAGGCUCAGUGGAGUUGUUGGGGGCGAUGGCAUACUGUGCGCCCAAGCAGCUAUCUGCAUGUCUGCCCAGCAUCGUUCCUAAGCUGACAGAGGUGCUGACAGACUCUCACCAAAAGGUACAGAAGGCUGGGGCACAGGCUCUAAAGCAGAUUGGAGCCGUCAUCAGGAACCCAGAGAUUCAGGCUAUUUCCCCCAUUCUGUUGGAUGCCCUGCAGGAGCCCACAAAGAAAACCACGGUUUGUUUGCAGACUUUACUGGAGACAAAAUUUGUUCAUUUUAUUGACGCGCCUUCCUUGGCAUUGAUCAUGCCAGUUGUACAGAGAGCAUUCCAGGAUAGAUCCACGGAGACAAGGAAGAUGGCAGCCCAGAUCAUUGGAAACAUGUACUCCCUAACUGAUCAAAAGGAUCUGUCCCCUUACUUGCCAUCUGUAAUACCCGGGCUGAAACAGUCUCUACUUGACCCGGUGCCUGAGGUGAGGAGCGUGUCAGCCCGUGCCCUGGGGGCUAUGGUUAAGGGAAUGGGGGAGGCCAGCUUUGAUGACCUCCUACCCUGGCUUAUGAAGAUGCUGACGUCAGAAUCCAGCUCUGUGGACAGGUCAGGUGCUGCUCAAGGAUUGAGUGAAGUGAUCGGUGGAAUGGGUUUGGAGAAGUUGCAGAAGCUGAUGCCAGACAUCAUUCAGACAGCUGAGCGUCCAGACAUUGCCCCACACGUCCGUGAUGGGUAUAUUAUGAUGUACAUCUUUCUCCCGAUCGUCUUCAACAAUGACUUUGUGCCCUAUGUGGGUCCUAUUCUCCCCUCCAUCCUUGUGGCGCUGGCUGACGAGUCAGAGUUUGUGCGGGACACAGCCCUGCGGGCUGGACAGCGAAUCAUCAGCAUGUAUUCGGCCACAGCUAUAGAACUGCUGCUCCCUGAGCUAGAGAGAGGGCUGUUUGAUGAUAACUGGAGGAUUCGCUACAGCUCCGUACAGCUCCUCGGGGAUCUCCUCUACAAGGUCUCGGGUGUCUCUGGUAAAAUGACCACAGAAAGUGCUAACGAAGAUGACAACUUUGGAACAGAAAGUUCACAACAGGCCAUCCUGCGUUCGUUGGGGCAGGGCAGACGAGAUCGAGUUUUGGCAGGUUUGUACAUGGGAAGAUCUGACACUGCUCUCAUGGUGCGACAGUCCGCCCUACACGUCUGGAAAAUCAUUGUCAGCAACACGCCACGCACACUGCGAGAAAUCCGCACGUUGUUUGAGCUUCUCCUGGGUUGUUUGGCCAGUACAAGCUACGAUAAACGACAAGUGCGGGGUAGGACCUUGGGUGACCUGGUUAAGAAGCUGGGUGAGAGGGUUCUUCUGAAAUCAAUCCCCAUACUGGAAAGGGGCUUGAUUCUGACCAGAAAGGACCAGAGACAGGGCGUGUGUAUUGGACUAAGUGAGAUCAUGGCAGCAACCAACAGGGAACAUGUAAGUAUACCCAGGCAGGAGUGGACUGUCUUUGCGGACAGUCUGCUGCCGGCAGUCCAAAGGGCGCUCUGUGACCCACUUCGAGUACGCGAAGCUGCUGCUAAAACAUUUGAUAAUCUCCACGGCAACAUUGGUCAGCGAGCUUUGGACGACAUUCUCCCCGAACUGCUGAAUAAACUGGGAGAUCCGUCACAAUCAGAGUAUGCUCUGGACGGCCUCAAGCAGGUGAUGUCAGUGAAGAGUCGAGUGGUGCUUCCAUACCUAGUCCCUCAGUUAACAGAGCCACCUGUGAACACGAGAGCACUGGCUCUUCUCUCUUCUGUGGCAGGAGAGUCUCUGUCCCGUCACCUGGGGAAGAUCUUACCUGCUCUGUUACUGGCCCUGGGAAACAAGGCCCAUGGCCCAGAGGAAGCUCAGGAGUUACAAUAUUGUCAGACGGUGGUGUUGGCGGUGACAGAUGACGUCGGCGUUAGAACUGUCAUUGAGGAUCUUCUCACCGCGGCUACCAGCACACCAUCCAACGAGAAAUGUUACGCAGCUGUCACUAUCCUUCACGCCUUCUGCCGACAAACCAAGGCAGACUACUCAGACUAUGUGGCCAUGCUGUUCCGCGGGCUCAUCUCACUUUUCACCAAGACGGACAACAAGAUUCUAGUUGCCAGCUGGAACUGUUUGGAUGCUGUAACCAAGAAACUGGAUACAUCAGAGAUGUUACAACACAUUACAAAUGUACGACAAGCAGUGAAAUUUGCCACAUCAGAUCUGCAGGGCCAGGAAUUGCCUGGGUUUUGUUUACCAAAGGGUUUGACGCCACUGCUGCCCAUUUUCCGUGAAGGCAUACUGAACGGCUCUCCUGACAUCAAGGAGUCUGCCGCCAUCGGGCUUGGGGAGGUGAUCAAGUUGACAAGUGCUGAUGCCCUUAAACCUUCCGUCAUCAACAUCACGGGGCCUCUCAUCCGUAUCCUUGGCGAUCGCUUCACUCACCAGGUUAAAGUGGCUCUGCUAGAGACACUCACCCUACUCCUGGGCAAGGUUGGUGUGAUGUUGAAGCCUUUCCUGCCCCAGCUGCAGACAACGUUUGUCAAGGCCCUUAAUGACCCAAACCGUGGGGUGCGGCUGAAGGCUGCCGCGGCGCUGAGCAAGCUGAUUGUAAUUCACGUCCGUGUGGACCCCUUGUUUACAGAGAUCCUGAAUGGGGUCAAGUCAGCAGAUAAAGUGGCUGAGGACCCAGGGGCCAGAGAGACACUGCUGCAGGCAUUGCGAGGCUGCAUUGCGGGGGCCGGUAACAAGAUGUCAGAUGCCCUCCGUAAGCAGGUACAGUCCACCCUGCUUGGGAUGCUGUCGGAGUCUGCGGAUGUGACCCGGAUGGCCGUGGGCGGGUGCCUCGGGGCGCUCUGUCGUUCCCUGCCCGACGAGGAACUCACACAGCUCCUUAUACAGCAUUUGCUUGAUGUAGACACCAGCCUGGACUGGACCCUCCGUCAUGGGCGUAGCGUAGCAUUAUAUGUAGCACUGAAGGAGGCGCCUGAAAGGAUACUCAGUGCUGUGUCAGAGGAUAGUGUCUGCCAGACCAUCCUUCAGAAUGCACAGUCAGACAGGAUUCACAUUUGCCUCAGCGGCCUACGAGCAGUGGGUUACUUGCUCAAGUACCAGCUGGAGGAAUGAAGCACGAUUCCCAACGAGGUGAAGCAGUUGUCCGCACAGUUGGUGAACUUUAUCGCCUCUACGCCAACCCCACUGAGGGCUCCCCAGGCAAAAACAUUUGUCCCAAUGCUUGUGAAUGGCUCCAAAGAGAAAAACACUACAGUGCGAGCGGGCAGUGAGUUUGCUUUGGUCUCUGUGCUUAACCUGAGGAAAGGAGAGGAUAUUUACCAGAACCACUGA